ACAACACUACCGCUCUUUCUUCAAUAGCCCACGUAAUCACUUCUUGGAAGGGCAAUUCAAUUCAGGUUUCUCAUGGUCGCACCCAUUCUUCUUGUAUGCUGUAUAUACAGUGAUUUGUCCAUGUCAAUCUUUUGGGAUUGACUUUGGUGCUUGCUCCGCUUUCCAUUGCUGUGCGGCGAACCAGUUCAAUUGGCCAUCGCCAUACACACACACGUAUACAUACAUCUUGUACAUACAGACAUCCAUAGGUACAGCGCAAAGCACGGCCCCUACAGUACGCUUACAAGCCCAAUACCGUCAUCGCGGCGUCGCAACCUACGCAUGCCACCUCCGGCAGCUCGACACACUAAAUCUCCAUGAAUGGCAUCGUCAGCUGUUAUUCCGCAACCCAGCCAUGGAGGCGGCAACCUGGGCGGCGCGAUAGGCCCGCGCAAGAUCUUGCCUUCGGCAAACAUCGAAUCGCCGCCUUCACCUCCCGCCACAGAAACCGACACGGAGACGGACUCGGAAACACCGUCCGCACGACCGGGCGCUUCGUGCAUCGACACCAACGUGUCUCUAGAGACGAACAGUGAGCCCGAAGGCGCAUCGGUCAUAUCGCCCGUCACCUCGCCGCCGUACUGGCUGCAGCGCCACUCGAAUCAUGCGCGGUCGACGUCACUGACGUCGGUGAAUUCGAUACCGACGGGCGGGAUCACGAUGCAGGAUAAUGAAAACAGCAGCAUAGACGAGAGAAACCAUGCGUGCUGGGCCAAGAGCGUAGAGGUCACCGACUAUGUCGUAGUCAACGGCAGUGCGACAAACAUCGGCGCAUUCGUCGUGUGGAAUAUCCGGGUCGAGACUCUCAAUGGGAGCUUUAUGAACAUAAGAAAACGAUACUCCGAGUUCGACGAUUUCCGUUGGCGAUUGAUUCGCACGUUUCCAAAUUUCGAGGCAGCCGUGCCCGAGUUGCCGCCCAAAAGUCUCAUAUCCAAGUUUAGGCCCAGAUUUCUCGAAAAGAGGAGGGCCGGCUUGCAGUAUUUUCUCAACUGCAUUAUGUUAAAUCCUGAGUUCUCGGGAUCUCCUGUGUUGAAGGAGUUCUUGUUUUCUUGAUCGACUACUGUACGACUUAAUACGAUCUUAUGGAUACAUUCGAGAUAUAUGGAAUGGAUAGGACAAGGGAGAUAUAAUGCUAAUUCUGGUUAAUCGCAAUUGUACAGAACAGGUGCAGGGCGCUCAACUUUAGUUCGCUGUCUAUAGUUACUAGUACCGGUAGUAUAUGUACAAAAGAGACAUUACAUAUGCAU